CACUCACUACACUUGCUGUUGCUGCUCUAGCUCCUGUUGCUCUAUUGCUGCUCUGAUAUUCUCUGUACAUACGCCCAAUGCACUGAACUAGCUGGGGCUUUGCCAGUCACUGCCAAUGGGCAUCAAAGAAAAGGGCUUCGCAGACUGGGUCAUCGGUCAAUUCCCAGACAGCGCCCAUACACUCUCGUCCACCGAUGCAGCUCCUUUCAGCCAUGUCCUCAUUGAUAUGAAUCCGCUCAUUCAUACAAACCUGCGAACAGCUAAAGAUGAGAAGCAGUGCAUCAAGCGGCUGUUUGCUGAACUCGACCGUCUACUAAGACUGACGCAGCCGCAAGUUCUCGUGUACCUGGCAGUAGAUGGUGCACCCCCGCUGGCCAAGAUGAAGGAACAGAUUCGACGCCGCCGCUCUCGUGCACCGUCCAAGGAAAAGCGCAAGCUGGAUUCCUCUCAAAUAACACCAGGUUGUGCCUUUAUGAUGAGGAUGACAGCGUACUUGCAGUACUAUGCCGCACGCUAUCUGGCCAGCUACAAGAAUCGCUCUGGCAAGCUGCGAUUCAUCAUUGAUGGUGCAGAGACGGAAGGCGAAGGUGAAGCUAAAAUCAUGGCCUUCCUUGCUACACAGGCCAAUAUGAUUGCCGGGGAUGUGGCGGUGUACUCUGGCGACUCGGAUGUCGUGAUUCAAUCUCUGCUGUCUCCCAUCGCAGGUCUCUUUGUUGUUCGAUACAGCCCAGACCAGAUUGUGGCAUUGUCUAUGCGUGUUUUGCGAACACUCAUUGCCAUGCCCCUGCCAGCCGCAGAGAGCUUCACAACCUAUCGUCAUCUUGUCGAUUUCGUCUUUCUCGUCCUCUUUUCUGGUAAUGAUUACCUACAAAAGCUACGAGGAGCCAAAAUUAGCAAGACGUGGCCUAUUUACAAGGCCUUUCGUGCGGAAGCAGCUUGGCAGGGACGUCACUUGAUAUCAGAAUCCUUUGCGGAUUUCGAUCACGAGGUGCUUGUUGAAUUAUUGCAGCGCGUCAGAUUGAAUGGGCGCAAGGCCAAGGGACCAAAAGGCAAGUCCAGGCUCUUCACACCUAAUCUACGAGUCGCUGUUGCCGAAGUCGAGGAUGACACGUCUGAUGCGGCAGAAGAGGAUGAUGAGCAAGAUUUGGACGAUGCCUUCACCGAAUUUGAUCGUGCAGCGGCUGGGAUGAAUCCAGAAUUUGUCCAAUCCCUUGCGCCGUUCAAGCGCGAGUCUGAAGCCGUCUUGCGAUCGGAUACGUACACGACGCACUUGCCAGAUUACUUUCACUCGCUCUUUUGGUGUUUGCGCGUGUGUCAACAUGGUCGAUGCCCAGACUAUCUGUUUCUACCACAACGCUCAAUUCUCACCAUUGAACAAGUAUUGACAUUCAUUGCGCGAGACUUGCCACGGUCGCCCUUUUCUCUCAAACUCGAUGCGCAUCCACCAUUGCCAUCGGUUGCUAUUGCAUGUGCACUGCUGGGAAAACACAAAGCAGCUCUACUACCGGCAACAUGGCAAUCCCUCUUUGAACAAGAUACGUUGCGAGAAUUGUUAUUUCUGAUGCUCUUUCAUCCACUCACUUCCAAUGCACAACGCAGAAGACUCGCACAUCUCGUGCGUAGUCAAAUUCCUGCUACCUCUGGACGUCGUCAUGCGGGCUUGUUUGACACGGCUCGACAAUUGAGUUGUUGGCCACAAACCAUGCCACAUCCUACAUCCUUUCAAGACCCAUUAGCUACUGCGCGUCAUGCAGCUGCGUCUUCGGGAUUAUCUCAAAUUUGGCACGGUGGUGCAGCAGAUGCCUUUACGGCACUACCACCUACCGUUGGUCGUCUUGUGUAUAUGGAUGGUUGGCAGACUUCCGACCUGGUGGAUGUGGCUGCUGUGAGUCAAGUUUGGAGGAAGAUGCCACGGAUUCAGCAGGAACGCGGGGAUGCAUUUCGGAUGUUUCGUCGGCAGACUGGUGUGUUGCAGCCGAGAGGCAUCCAGUCUGGCGUCAAGGUGAUGAAGCGGGAGCGAUGAGCAGUAUAUAGGGAUGAUCAGGCAUAGAUACUUUAGAUACAAACAUUCUUCAAUGGGCUAAUUGGCUCUAGUACUUGAGAA